AUGGCUCCUAACCAGACUUCAAGGCCUCAUACUGCUGGCGGGGGCGAUAGCAGCAGUGGCAGCAGCAGCAGCGUAACUGGCGCUCUGCACCAGCAGCACAAGCUGUCAAAUAUGCUAGUGCUUUCAAAGGAAGAGUUCGAUGCAGCGCACAAAGCCACAGACCAGUGGCUUCGAGUCGUGGAGGAGGUGCUACUGCCCCCAAUUGACUACAGGGAGCACAAAGGGAGAUACGGCAAGGUUUGCGUUAUUGGAGGCUCGGCGGCCUUUACAGGGGCCCCCUACUUUGUUGCAUCUGCGGCUCUCCGGAUGGGGGCGGACCUGGCUACUGUCAUCACUACCCCCAGCGCCGCUGUGCCUAUAAAGUCGUACAGCCCGGAACUCCUUGUUUACCCUAUCUUGCCUUGCCGCUAUGGGCCGCACGGGAAAGCCACCGAACAUGAUGGCCCCUUCGACUAUCCGAUGGAAUUGGCGCGGCUGAGAAUCCACGUCCGCUUCUCAGUUGCUUUUACAUUUGAUGUUGGUGCUGCUCUUGCGGAGCCGCUCUUGCGCAAGGCUGACGUCGUUGUGAUGGGCCCUGGCCUUGGAGGCAGCAGCAAUUAUCGCAUUCACGAGGAAGAUGAAUUGCAGCAGCAGCAUCACCAGCAGCAGCAUCAACAGCAGGCGCAGCACCAGCAGCACGGAAACAAAUCUGGAGACAAGUCUGUCAGUGGGGGGCGUUUUUCGCAGCUCUUUAAGGGCGCGAUUGACGACGUACAUAAGGUAGUUAGGGGCACAUCGUCUUCUUGCUCUGGAGCAGAUCAGAAAGCAGCAGGAACAACAGCAGCAGCAGAUCCCACGAACCCAGUCACAAUGGACCAUGGAAAACUUAAAGCUGCUGCAAAAGAAGCUGAAGCUGCUGCAGCUGUCACUCAAAAAGCAGCAAUUAUGCUGUUGAGGCUCUGCAUACAUCUGCGUAAACCCCUCGUGAGUCGUGCAGCUGCAGCAGCAACCGCAGCAACAGCAGUAGCGGCCACGAAGCGGACAGCAAUACUUGGUGCCUGCACCAUACUGGAUGCGGACAUGCUCCGCAUUUUGUCGAUUCCUGGGCACGAGCAUUUUUUAUCCUUGUUGGAGGGUUAUGGAGAAGCAGUAUUGACGCCAAAUGCAUAUGAGUUAGAUUUGCUGCUGCAGGCGCUGCGGCGGCACCAGCAGCAGCAGAAGAGUGGAGCAGCAGGAGCAGCAGCGUCAGCAACAACAGCAGAGCGUCCUGCGCAUUGCAUGACGCAUGCAUUACUACCGGAGUCUGUGAAGGCGGAGGGCCUAGCGGGGAGUAUCGCAGAAGCUGUGUUGUUAUUGCGAGGCCCUGGUGUGUUUGCAAAGGGGCGCGUCGACUUGCUGGGGGUUUAUGAAGGGCAAUUGGGAGGAGGCGAGAGCAGCACGCAACACGGCCAAGUGUUUGCUGCUGUUGGCAGCCUGGAUGUGCGUUUCUUAGGGGCUCCCAAACGCUCAGGAGGCCAAGGCGAUGUACUAUGUGGAGUUUUGGCUCAGAUGUUGGUGUGGGGAGAGCGGCGAAGGGGGCAACAGCUACUGAAGGAAGUGGAGGUAGCAGCGGAGGCGGUGGGCUUGAAGGUGCCCUUCUGUAGCAGCCCCACAACUCCCCAACUCUUCCUGAUGCAUGCAGCGAGUCUACUCACCAGACAAGCCGCCGCUCUGGCCUUCAGACACCACGGACGAGGACUUAGUGUCAACCAAAUCCUAGAUAGGCUCAGCGCUGCUGCAGCGAUUCUCUUUCCAAACGCUUGGCUGCAGCAGGAGACAGCCUAA